UUAAAGGUACGUGGUGGUGGAGAAUCUCCGCUUCUUGUUGCUCUCGUACGAGCCGAAGGAACCCGUUUACCUCGGCUGCAAGUUCAAGCCGUACGCCAAGUACGGCUACAUGAGUGGAGGAGCCGGUUACGUGCUGAGCCGCGAGGCCCUGGACCGACUGGUGAACAGAGCCUUCCCCAAUCCCAUGACCUGCCCCCUCCUCCAAGGAGCCGAAGACAUCAACGUUGGGGUAUGUUUGGCGGCGGUCGGGGUGGAGGGCGGAGACUCGCGGGACGAGCAUGGUGGAUGGCGCUUCCUCCCGUUCGCCACUUGGAAUCACGUGGAUCCACUUCCGGAGCACGAAGGGAUCAUUCCGCAGUGGUUUACCGACUACACGGCUUAUCCGCAUCAGCGUGGACUCGGCUGCUGCUCCCACACGGCAGUGUCCUUCCAUUACGUGAAGCCGGAGGAGUUGUACGAGUACGACUACUUCAUCUACAAGCUCCGGCCGUACGGCGUGUCCCCUGUUUUCGCGGGACCGGAGCGGCGAAGAUGAGGAUUCGGGGUCCGCUUCGAUACUCGAUCUCUUGGAAUUGUUUUUCAUUCUCAACUUUGUGAAUAGAAAUUAAAUCGUAUAAUUAUUGACUUCCGUUACGGGAUUUUCAUUGUAGCCGUUACUCUCUCUACUUUUUAUUUUUUAUGUCCCUCGCAUCGUGACAUUUGACAGGUCAUCAGGUCGGGAUGAGGAUUCACGAAAUGGAAAUGUCAUCCAGUAGACAAUGGCUUCGAAAAAUUUCCAGA